GUUGCCAACGACCAGCGACAGCCUACGCUCGCUGCGCGUCACCAUAGUUUUGUUGACCAGCAAGCUAGAUCUUCGAAUUCGGGACACAUUUGGAGGGUAUCCGAACGUUAAAGGCGGAUCUUGUAAUUUCGCUGGAGUUAACGGACAAAUUUGUCGGCCAAAUAUGUUGAUUUCGAUCUUCCUAAUAAGUACCUAAUCAAAAGUUUAUGUGUUUGUAUCGUUUCGGGAUCCUCCAGCUCUCUUGCCGCGCAUACAUACAUCUCUUCCGUCUCCGUUAAUCUAUAUCUUCGGCACUGCACCGAAGACGGUGCACGGCGACAGAAAAUGUCUUCUGUGGUGGGAAGCUUGUCGGAGUUGAGCAUCGGAGGCGACAAUUGGGCUGCGGAGGUCCCAGGCCUUCAAAAAAAUCUUGGAAUUCUUACCCCCAAUCAGAUUGAACUUGCAAAGAAACUGUUGCAUGAAGGACAGAGUCAUCUCUUUGCUAAUUGGGCAGAGCAAGGUGUUGAAGAUGAAAAGAAAGCACACUUUUUUAACCAGGUGUCACGGUUGAAUGCAAAUUAUCCUGGAGGUCUGGCAGUGUAUAUUCAAAAUGCAAGGCAACUAUUAACGGAUUCAAAAGUGGGGAGAAAUCCAUUUGAGGGCUUCACACCAUCUGUUCCAUCAGGAGAAAUUCUGACCUUUGGUGAUGAUAAUUUCAUCAAGUUCGAAGAGGUAGGUGUUGAAGAAGCACGGAAAGCAGCAUUUGUUCUUGUUGCUGGAGGCCUUGGAGAACGCCUUGGCUACAACGGAAUCAAGGUGGCACUUCCUUCUGAGACCACAACUGGAACAUGCUUCUUACAAAAUUAUAUACUUUGCAUCCUUGCUCUACAAGAGGCUAGCCGCAAACUCUCAGAAGAUGAGUUUCCCGUUGAGAUUCCUUUUGUCAUAAUGACAUCGGAUGAUACCCACACACCCACUUUAAAGCUUUUAAAAUCUAAUUCUUAUUUUGGAAUGAAGCCUGGACAAGUGAUACUCCUUAAGCAGGAAAAAGUGGCAUGCUUAGAUGAUAAUGAUGCUAGAAUUGCAUUAGACCCAAAUGACAAGUACAUGAUUCAGACUAAACCUCAUGGCCAUGGUGAUGUGCAUUCUCUUCUUUAUAAUAGUGACCUCUUGAGAACAUGGCGUGAUGCUGGACUACGAUGGGUUUUAUUCUUCCAAGAUACAAAUGGACUACUCUUUAAGGCAAUCCCAGCUUCUCUGGGAGUUAGUGCGACUAAGGGAUAUCAUGUUAACUCUCUUGCAGUUCCUCGCAAAGCCAAGGAAGCUAUUGGCGGAAUAACUAAGCUUACUCAUGCAGAUGGAAGGACAAUGGUAAUUAAUGUGGAGUACAAUCAGCUCGAUCCUUUACUUAGAUCGACUGGACAUGCUGAUGGAGAUGCCAACUGUGAAACUGGGUACUCUCCCUUCCCUGGCAAUAUAAAUCAGCUUAUUUUAGAACUUGGACCAUACAUUGAAGAGUUGAAUAGAACCCAUGGUGCUAUCGCAGAGUUUGUCAACCCCAAAUACAAGAAUUCUAGUAAGACGUCAUUCAAAUCCUCAACUCGUCUGGAAUGUAUGAUGCAAGAUUAUCCAAAAACACUUCCCCCAAGUGCUAGAGUGGGCUUCACAGUCAUGGACGCCUGGCUCGCCUAUGCACCUGUUAAGAAUAACCCUGAAGAUGCUGCCAAGGUACCUGCUGGAAAUCCUUAUCAUAGUGCAACAUCCGGAGAAAUGGCAAUCUAUAGGGCAAAUAGUCUCAUCCUAAGAAAGGCUGGAGUCCAAAUACCUGAUCCUACAACUGCAGUAUUCAACGGACAAGAAGUGGAAGUUUGGCCAAGAAUCACCUGGAAACCAAACUGGGCUCUCAUAUUUUCAGAUGUGAAAAGAAAAGUAAAUAAAGGAUGCUCUAUUUCCCAGAAAUCUACCAUGGUCAUUAAUGGACCAAAUAUUUACCUUGAAGACCUGUCGUUGGAUGGAGCAAUUCUGAUCAAUGCUGUUAGUGAAGCUGAGGUGUUAAACGGUUCAGUCCAAAACAAAGGAUGGGCUCUCAAGCCAAUUGAUUAUAAAGACAAGUCCUUACCGGAGGAAAACCGGAUCAGAGGAUUUGUGAUCGAGAAACUUGAGCAGUUAGAGAUGAACUACAGCGAACCAGGAAAGUUCUUCCUCCAGUAAUUCAUUAUAUUGAUGACAGAAUGUUGGAGAACUUAAUUGUUUUAUUUAUUCUUUGAUUUAUUGUUUCGAGGCUCAGUCAAUCUGUUCAUAAUGCCUAAGAAAUAAGUGAACCUCACUCUGCAAAAUUUCUUAUAUUGAUUUGCAUCAUUAACCAAAUAAUUUCGAGCAUUAUUUGUGACCCAACUCUACAUACAUUCUACUUC